UAACACAAAACGCCGCCUAAGUGCUAUAAUUAAUCUUUCCUUCAAUUUCCACGUCGCGCCGUGGCCUAAAAUGCAAAUAGAAGAAAAAUGCCACGGCUCCUUGCGAGCACGUGAAACAAACGUUACCAUGACUACCAUAUCGACCGACGGCUUUUCCGAGGCUUUCGUCUGAAACUCUCAUUCGCGUGACGCACACUGAAACAAUGAGGGCUGAAACAGUAUUGGUCUGGAGAUCUAGAUAAGCGGUCUGUUUAUGAACGACCGAAAAAUGCGUCGUAACUAAUGUAACAUUUAUUUGCACUUGCCUUAAACAUAUUACCGUUAACUUUAAAAGCGAUUGUAUUCCGUGGGAUCGCAUCAGGCGGUGUAGGUGGGGUGGGUCCAGCAGCCGUGGACAAUGACUACACGCGCGAAACGAACCGCGACGCGCGUCCGCUGAUGCGCGAGCGUCCGUUUUUGAAAAGCACUUCAGAGCACUCAUUAGUCGGUGCACCGUAACUACGCUGCGGUCGGCAGAAACGCAACGUGUGUGCAAUACGGGACAUUAGAAAGUGUAAUGUAUAUUGUGUAGUGCGAUGCUGUCGGUGGGCAAGCCGGCAUCACUGGUCCAACAGAAGAAGGAGCAGUGGGCGCGGGAGAGAGGUGCGUAUGGCCGUGGUGGUGCGCGUGGCGGUAGCCGAUUUCGACGAUGGAAUUGUAGCCUAGUGUGCUCUGACCAAUGGGAGAGCGCUUACAUUAAACUCUUUUUUUUUAUUUACACAAAUCGCUUUCAAAUACGGAACCAAUUCGCGAGCACACUCGAACUACAUAAGCAAUCAUCAUACGAAUACCAAGAACCUAUACAACGCCAGCGAAGUCCUAGUCUACCACCUAUUCGCAACAACGACCCAGAGAAGAGUAAAGAAGAAAGAAGAACGAAUGUGUUAAACCGAAACAUACCUAGUGCAAAAAGAUUCGCUUUUUAUGACGAAGAUGCGGAAGGGGACACAUCGGGAUACGGAAGCGAAACAAUCAAUCAUAUGAAUAGAUGUCAAAAUGAUGCGUUACACGAUGUCACUAAUAAUCGAAACCCUGUUGUGGCAUGGCAACAGGGGAAAGAAAACAGAAAUAUAAGUUCGAGUGGUGGAAGGUCUGCGGAUGGCGCGUGGUCAGCACGGAGUCAGAGAAGCAAUACGGCAGAAGAAGGACGCCCGCGCUGGGGAGAUCGUGGCGUCGCCACUGGCCGCCUGUGGGAACCGACUGCUCCUAAUGCCAGACUGCCACAGAUGCAAAAUCAGAAGAAAGGCACGCCAUCAUGGGUGGAACGUGGAUUGAAUAUGAUAGAAAAUACAGCAGAAGUUCUAGUCAUUGACCAAACUAGUUCAACGAAUUCGGGUUUCGACUGUGAUAGGUCUUCCUGUAAUGGAAGCGAUGAAGGAAAAACAUUCCUUAGAGGACAAAAUGUUCCAUUAGAACCAGAAAUUAAGGCACAGCGUGAAAAUAAAAGAAUAAAAGCCUUAGAAUUGCAGUCAGCAAUAUUAAGUCAGUUAGAGGAUCGAGAGAAACGACGAUUAGAAGAAAGAGAAAGGCGUUUAAGAGAAGAAAGACUCGAAGAAUUAAGAAUACAGAGACAACAAGAAGAAGAUAAAUUAAGACUUGAAGAAGAAAAAAGAAAACAUGAAGAAAAGCAAUUGAUGGAACAAAAAAAAUUAGAAACUCUUAAGAAAGCUUUAGAAGAUGCAGAAAAGAAAGCUAGAUUAGAAAAAGAAAAACGAUUUAUUAGUCACAGACAACAUAUAAAUACAGCUGUUCCUAUUGAAAGCAAGCCCAAAGAAGAAGACAUUAUUAGUACUACUAAUAAUAGUAUACUUAGAAAUGAAAGUAUAAGUCCUACAAAGACAAAUAGAACCUAUGACUUACAUUCAGCAAAAAGUCAAAAGAAAGAUUGCGAGUCGCAUCAAACUACAGAAUUUAAUUCUCCCCGGUCUGUAGGACCUGGAAAUUUAAAUUUGUUUAUACACAGCGUACCUCCAUUAGCUCUUGCUGACAACCAGUUCAAUAUUGUUCCAAUUGGCCUUAAUGGAAAUAGUGAUAUAAGUGGCCAACCAAGUAGUAUACAAUUAGCUGUUUUAGUACCUCAAAAUCUAACUAAUAAUUUGUAUAGUGUUUCGGUAAAUUCACUAAAUCAUUUGCAAGAAUUAACGGACACUGGUAAAAUUUUGACACCUAGAAAAUACCGGUCAGGAAAAACAAAAGAUGCUUCCACACAGACAGAAAUAAAUACUUCAAAACCUACUAUAGAUAAAAUAGUGGAAACACAAGAACUUGAAAGAAAUAUAGAUAAAAAUUACCCAAGUAUUGAUGAAAAUGCACCACAAGAAAGUCAUCAUAAUACCUUAAAAAAAGAUCGACGUUUUCGUUCAGAAGAAAGGUAUAAAAAGGAAAUAGAAAAUCGACCUAAAUGGGGUGUCAAUAGACCAGCCGCUCAAUAUAAAAAACAAAGCGAAAAGGACCCAUUUUAUAGUCAAAAAAGAAAAAUGAGACAAAAAUACCGACCGCAAGCAAGACAGUAUCUAUCACAAUCGAGUGACGAUAGUCGAUCCCCGAGUCCACCACUGAGACAAUCGGAAAAAAUGACGGAAGCGGGUCACAAACAACGUAAUUCAUUAAGUCAAUCAUAUUGGAAAAAUAAAAGAUCUAGUCAAGAUUUAUCAAGACCUGUGCAUAUUACAGAAAAUGAUCAAGUAACACCUGAAUUCAGCAACCUAAGUCACAUAAUAAAUGAUGUAGUAGACAACAAAAAGUCUCCCAAAAUGUCACCUACAAAAAGAAUGACUCUUUCACAGAAAUUUAUUAAUGAUAAAUACGGGAAUAGGAAAUUAUGGAUCGAUGAUGUUAACGAGCGCAAUAACAAAUCUAAUAUAUUCGAUGUUGAAAAUAGAAAGAAAAUCAUAGACCAAUUCAACGUAACAAAAAGAGAAUAUUUAGAUAAAAAUGAGGACCAAGAAAACUUGAUUGUUAAAACGAAAUAUUGA